AUGCAAGUCCAGACAUGCAUAAUUCACACUGUCCGCACAGCUUGCAAAUAUCAAGCACUUGUUUGUCUGAAUGCUAGCCAGUACGGCACUGUCAAUCUGAAGGAGCACAAUCCCGUUCGUCGCCGGGCCACCCACGAUGGUCGCAGUAUUGCACCGCAGGCCGCUCCACAGACGGUCGGUGCCGACUUGCGCGGGCCCGGCCGUAAAGGUACCCAAGCUCGACUCACGUCUAUAAGCGGUAAGGCAACUACUCAUGAAAACUUUACGUUCGAGUAUAAUGCGCAUCUAUGUGGGCACGGCUAA